CAUGUUUCUAACUCCAACAGGCACAGCUGACCGGUGAAGUCCACGAAAUCGUUCCGAUUGUGAUUCUUGCUGGUAAAAAAGGCAUGAUGUCCCAGACAGUGGGCAGACUAUGUUUCCGCAAUAAGACAGCACUGGCACCCAUGGUGCGUGUAGGCACAUUACCCAUGAGACUGCUGGCCUUGGACUAUGGUGCAGACAUUGUUUAUUGUGAGGAGCUGAUUGACAUUAAAAUGAUGCAGUGCAAGAGGGUUGUGAACGAGGUCUUAGAGACAGUGGACUUUGUGGCUCCAGAUGACAGAGUUGUGUUUCGUACCUGCCAGAGAGAGAAGGAUCGUGUUGUCUUCCAGAUGGGCACAGCUGACCCCCAAAGAGCUCUGACUGUUGCCCAACUCGUUGAAAAGGAUGUGGCUGCCAUCGAUGUGAACAUGGGGUGCCCUAAAGAGUACUCUACCAAGGGUGGAAUGGGUGCUGCUCUCCUCUCCAACCCAGAUAAGAUUGAAGCUAUUCUGAGCACCCUGGUCAAAGGAGUCUCGAAACCAGUGACGUGUAAAAUCCGAAUUCUACCUUCAACGGACGCCACAGUCGAUCUGGCCAAGAGAAUUGAGAGGACAGGUGUUGCUGCCAUUGCAGUCCAUGGCAGGAUGAAAGAAGAGCGGCCGCAGCACCCAGUCCACUGUGACGUCAUUCAGGCCGUGGCUCAAGCUGUAUCCAUACCUGUAAUUGCCAAUGGGGGAUCCCUGGACCUGGUGAAAAGCUACUCUGACAUCCAGACUUUCCGGGAGGCUACAGGGGCAUCCUCGGUCAUGCUGGCGAGAGCAGCUAUGUGGAACCCCUCCGUGUUCCGCAGCCAGGGGGCACUGCCAUUGGAGAAGGUCAUGGAGGAAUACAUCCAAUAUGCUGUGCGAUAUGAGAACCAUGCCUCCAACACCAAGUACUGCCUGUGUCAGAUGCUGAGAGACAAAGUGGAGUCUCCUCUGGGGAAGCAGCUCCACGCAGCCCAGACCAGCAGCGAGAUCUGCGAGGUGUUUGCGUUGGAGGAGUUCUACAAGGACACCCGAAACUAUCUACUGGCCCGACAGGAAGCACUGAAUGCCAACACCCAGCCGGCAGACUGCCUAACCAUGGACGGCGAUGUCACCACAAUGCCUGUCAGAUUCGACCGGAAGGAGUACCCUCCCCAGAUCACUCCCAAGAUGCACCUGCUGGAGUGGAGCCGGCGGGAGAAGCUGGAGCAGCCUGUGUACAUGACGGUCCAACGUCCACUUGACAGGGGGUUCCAGUCCACCGUGACAGUGGGGGACAAGAAAUAUAGGUCUACCUUGUGGGAGAAGUCAAAGAAGUUUGCAGAACAGUCGGCCGCCAUUGUAUGUCUGCGUGCCCUUGGUCUGCCAGACGGGCGGAUCAGCGAGCAGGAGAUGGGACUGGUUAACAAGAGGAAACGAGAGGAGAAGAGAGACAGUGAAUCAGAGGAGGACAGGGGCUUCAGAGCCAAUGGGUUCACUGACGCUUCUGAUUCCAUCAGCAGGAAACGACGCCUGUCUGAAAACUCUCAGCAAGAGGUGACGGGAUAGGAGACACAAAGACCCAGAGGCGUAAUAGAACCAAACCUCCUGCCUUUCAAUGUGGCCUGGCACUCUGAGCAAGAUGCUAUUUUCACAGACUAAGCUUCAACCCUCAAGAGUGGACAUGUCAGCGCAAUCUAUCCACUGGAAUAGUGAAAUGCCUCAUCUCCAGUGGUACGCCUGUAUCCUCACAGCACUAUUACCACUUUGAUGUUGUCUCAUAUCCCACCUGGGGGAACUCUGCAGCCACUGCUUCCCGGGUGUCCCCACUCUGUAUUUAUGAGCAUGCGGAGCAAUAUCAGUCUAUCCAAUGGUGAUUCUUAUGGCUAGUCUGGCCACACUUCCAAUUUCAUUUUCAGGGCUGUGUCUGUGACUACUAUUAUUUUAAAGCAAUUUGUUUUCUUUCAAUAAUUUUCUUGCAGUGUUAAUUUUAUGUCCAUAAAAAAUGCAUGUUUGCCUUUUAAUUAAUAAAGUGUCUUUAAGUUAUAUUACCAUGAAUUCUACAUUUGAGGAGAAAAUCAGAUCUUAAGAAGUGGAAUGAAUGACGUGUGUGGAAGUAUAGGGCAGUAGGGCAUUUUCCAUGAGAGGACAGGCACAAACAUUUUCAACAAAUGUAACAAAACAUUCGGAUUACAAAAGCCCAAAUUUGAUCUGAUUUUCUCUCUGAUAAAAUUGCAUAUUGGUAAAAACAUGAUGAUCAAGUGGCCAACAAAAAAAUUUUACUAAAAUGUGCCAUCAUGGAAAAACAAACAAUUUUAAGCAUUGCUUAAAAUCUGUUCUUGUUUGGUUUUCUGGAUGAUACUGUCUGAGAUACUGUUUCACUGUCAGAUUGAAUUUGUUUUUUAUAAGUUGGUAACCAGAAGGGGGCAGCAUAGACCUUGCUGGAGUGAAGAAAAAUACCGACCGGCAUGCUCCUCUUGCAACUCACUCAUAUGAAAAAGAGUGCUCUGUACAGGACAUAAAUUUAUCUUUUAAAAUUUUGACAGAUUGCUUGAGGAGCUUUGCAUAGUGAAAGCCACGGUCCAAGGUAAGAGGUCUCAGUAAAUACC